UAAUAAUGACCAAGGUCCGUUACCAAGGGGAGAUAACAGAGAGCCCAAUGCGCGCGUUCCUCGAGUCUUCCUCUCUUCUGAGUUCUGACUCCUCCUCCUCUGCAACUCUCUCUCCCUCCCCCUCUCUCUUCACAGAAGAAGAAGAGGAAGAAGAAGAAGACAGAUCCCUCUCUCUCUUUCUUCAUUCACUCUCUCUCUCUCCCUCUGACAGAUCUCUCCCUCCCCCUUAACUUCACACAUCUCUAUGUACUUACUAUUUAAUAUUUUACAGAAUACGAUAAUAAUAAUUCACAUACCAACCAAAAACCCAGCAUAUAUCUCAGUUUUCAUCAAAUUCAAAACCCUUCUUGUCCCCUGCUGCUGCAUGGAUGCUCUUCUGUCGAUCUCAACAACUUCAACGGCGGCACCAUGAAUGCUGAUUUGGAACUUCUAUUGUUGUUGCUAUGGGCUGUGGAGGAUCCAAGGUUGACGACUUGCCGGUAGUUACUCUCUGCAGGGAGCGUAGGGACUUCAUCAAGGCCGCCUCCCACCACCGCUACGCUCUCGCCGCUGCACACGUUUCCUACUUUCACUCCCUGACCGAUGUCGGCGAGGCCAUCCGGAAAUUUGUCGACGAAGAGCUCGUUAUUGGUUCUGGGUCCUCGCCGGGAUCUCCUGUUCUGACUCUGCCGUCUGACGAAGGGAAAUCGUCUAAAUCGAAAGACAAGAACAAGAUCUCAUCGUCUUCGACAUCAAUUUCACAUUCAGUUGAUAGUAAUCAUAUUAAAUUAGAAGACGAAGACGAGGAGAAUGACAUUGAAGAUUCGCAUUUGCAUUUGUCGGACUCGGAUUCGGAUUCUGAGAGGGGUUCUUCUUCGGGUCACCUUCACACUGAGGAAAUCAGCCCUGAAAGAGUGGCACCUCCCAUUUCCAUUGCUUCUCCUCCUCCUAAUUAUUUCUAUCCUUAUAGUUAUCCAGUCUAUCCUCCUCAAGAAGGCGGCUAUAGUUGGGGUCCUCCUGUAGGUAAUCCGAAUCCAUACAUGUAUUACAUGAAAAAGUCUGCUACUCCGUCGCAGUCAGUGGUGUACGACCCGAGUACAAAUUCGUACGCAUAUCCGGGUUCCUAUGGCAAUGGUGGGUUUUUCGGGUAUCCAAUGGGUUCCCUUCCGCCCCAGCCCAGUGGUUAUCCGCAGCCAAGCCCAGAAAGGCCACCCCCACCUGCACCGCCGUCGCCUCCAAGAGUGUCUAAUUGGGAUUUUCUCAAUGUGUUCGAUACUUAUGAUGCUACUGGUGCUUAUUCAGGUUAUGGUUAUCCACAGGGUAAAUUCUCAUCUGCAAGCAGUCCCGAUUCAAAUGAGGUGAGGGAGAGGGAAGGUAUUCCUGAUUUGGAAGAAGAGACAGAGCAGGAAGUUCUUAAAGAAACUCACAAAGCUAAGAAAAAAUCCAAUGAGGAAGUUUUUAAUAAAAACAAAAGGAAUAUAAAUGUAGAUUCGGGUGAGGGUACUUCAAGGUCAAUACCGAUGCAAAUGGGUAGUGGUGAGUUCACAGAGUCAGUGAAAGCUAAAGGGAUUAAGAGUAGUAGUGGCAGCCUUAGCUCUGAUACUCCAUUUAGUCCCGAUACUAUUGUGUCAAGGAGCACUGAAGAGGAGUAUGCAAAGAGGAAAAGUGUUAGUUUUGAGGUUGAGGAGGCAUCGCCUGCAGCGAUGGACGUGGAAUCUUCAAUGCCAAGUAGCGUAACGACAUUGUCAGCCCAUGGUACAAGGGACGUUCAGGAGGUUGUGAAAGAAAUAAGAGAUGAAUUUGAGAUUGCCUCUAGUUAUGGCAAGGCUGUGGCAUUGUUGCUAGAGGUGGACAAGCUGCCAUAUCAGCAUAGGAGCCCUAUCUUCAAAGUGAUCUUUUCCAGGAUCUUGUAUUCUGUGGCACCUUCCAUGUUAUCUUCACAUCCAGCCAGAUCAUCACUACGACUAAGUUCUAAGACAAUGAAAAUGGCCAAAGCAUACUGUGGAGAGCCCGGGAAGGACUUCGAUAUCAAGUCAGGAAACCUUUCGUCCACGUUAGAGAAACUAUAUGCAUGGGAAAAGAAACUGUAUAAGGAAGUUAAGGAUGAAGAAAAACUGCGCAUUAUUUAUGAAAAGAAGUGCAAAGAACUUAGAACAUUGGAUGAAAAAGGAGCAGAAGCCAGUAAGAUUGAUUUUGCUCAGGCUUCAGUGCAUAAGUUGUUGACGAAAAUCAAUAUCAGCAUCAGAGGUGUUGAUGCUAUAUCAAGGAGGAUACACAAGUUAAGGGAUGAAGAAUUACAGCCCCAACUCACUGAAUUGAUUCGCGGAUUGACGACAAUGUGGAAGUCUAUGUUCAAAUGCCAUCAGAAACAAUUCCAGGCUCUAAUGGAGAGCAAAGCUCGCUCUUUGAAAGCAAGAGGUGGCUUCAGAAGAGACUCUGGUAUGAAAGCUACUCUUGAUCUUGAAAUGGAACUUUUGAAUUGGUGCAACCGCUUCAACAAUUGGAUUAACACGCAGAAAUCCUAUGUUGACACCAUAAAUGAGUGGCUUAAAAGGUGCCUUCUGUACGAGCCUGAGGAAACCCCUGAUGGAAUUGUUCCCUUCUCCCCUGGCCGGAUUGGAGCGCCUCCAGUUUUCAUGAUUUGUAACGAUUGGUGCCAGGCAAUGGAUAGAAUUACUGAGAAAGGGGUGGCAAACACGAUGAUUGAUUUUGCUUCAAGCUUGCACCAGUUAUGGGAAAGGCUAGAUGAUGAACAACGUCAAAGGAUCAAGGCAGAAUAUCUCUCAAAGGAUUUUGAAACACAACUCAGAACUUUACGAAUGGAAAGGGAAAAAAUGGAGACAGAGCGUGAUGGGCUAUCAGAAAGAACCGCUGUGUCUAAGGUUCCUUCUGGAAGUGGAGUUUCACCACUAGAUGAUCUAAAGGUGGAUUUGGAUUCAAUGAGGAAGAAGUUAGAGGAAGAGAGAGCCCGGCAUAAGGAAGCCAUUAAACUAGUUCAUGUUGCAGCAUCUAGUAGUUUACAAGCUGGAUUAAUCCCUAUUUUUGAGGCUCUGAGCAGUUUCACUUCAGAGAUUAUGAAAGCUCAUGAGCAAAUCAGGUUGGAUAAUGAUAAAGACUCAUAGGGAAUUCAUAAUUAAAUGUAUCAUCCCAUAAGUUGUGGUCUUACAAGUACAGUAACACUCGGAGUAGUUGGAGAUGGUGGAAGUAUGACUAUGAACAAAGUGCUAUCGACAUCUGCAGUGAGUAUACUCUGCGUGGUUUCUCAUUGAGCAGGUAACUCAUCUCUUCGAGCUCCUAUGUGCUCUUUCUCUGGUUGCUACUUCCGUUGUCAGACCUCCUGGACUGGACAGGUCUGCAACCAUAUUGCGAAUGCAAACCUUGGGAGCCCGAGGCUUUCCUUCCUUGUACCCUUACCACAUAUAUAGGAUCAUUGUAGAAGAUGAUAAUGGAACUCUUGCUGACAGAAAUUGUAAGUGAGAGGUACAAGUCGGUCAGGGAGUCCCAAAUAGGGACUCAAAUUUUCUUUGUUUCAAUAGUAUAGUUUUUGCUACAACUUCAAGUAGUACAAUAGGACUUUGUAUAUAUAGAAAUUCAUUUAUUGGUUAAUUGGUAGCAGGUGGAUAAUCUUAUUAGUGGACUGUAUGGAAGGAGUGUAGUUAGGUUUAGACUUCAGUUGGAACAUGAUCAAAAUUUUGAGUGAUAUAUUUUAGAGAACAAGAUCUUGUUCUGUCUCUCUCUCUCAUUCUUAUAUACUUGAGAUAUGUUUUGUGAAGUAGACAACAGUACAAAGAUCUUGCAUGAAAUAUGAUGAACGACUUGUUUCUGCA